AUGAAAUCAAGUUUAAUUAAUUCUCAGUCCUUGCCUUAAUUAUAAUAACGGAUUAUCCAUUCGAAGAUAUUAGAUGAUAAAGUUCCUAAACCUUGUAAAUAUCCUAUAUUUGAGCAACCUUAGUUUUCAUACAAAUCUGAAAAACCAAAAUCGAGAUCUCCAUUAAGAUUAAAUCCUGCAAUAAAAUCAACAUAUUCGAAAUUCAAAGCAUCUAUUGUAAAAGUAAAAUGAUAUAUUAUUAUAUUAUUAAAGAGCUAUAAUAAUUAAUUGUUUGAUUAGCAUUAAAUGACUAAGACUUAAAGAAGAAUAUAAAAUGAGAUAGAAAUAAAAAAAUAAUGGAGAUAAUAAAAAUAUUUGGAAGAAAAGGCUAAGAUUUAGUAUUUAAACUUCGAAGAGAAAGAUAUUGACUUAAAUAAGGAACUUUUGAAUCAAAUAAAACUUAAUUUAUUUGGCGAAUGA